GCCUAGCCAAUCGGCUAGGAGCAGCGAGGCUAGGGCGCUGCGGCCCCGUGGACCAGCGCAGUAUGGCGGGCGGGGCCCAGGAGGUGCUCACACUGCAGUUGGGACGUUUUGCCGGUUUCGUGGGCGCGCACUGGUGGAACCAGCAGGAUGCUGCGCUGGGCUGAGCGACCGAUGCCAAGGAGCCCCCGGGAGAGCUGUGCCCCGACGUCCUGUAUCGUACGGGCCGGACGCUGCACGGCCAGGAGACCUACACGCCGCGACUCAUCCUCAUGGAUCUGAAGGGUAGUUUGAGCUCCCUAAAAGAGGAAGGUGGACUCUACAGGGACAAACAGUUGGAUGCUGCAAUAGCAUGGCAGGGGAAGCUCACCACACACAAAGAGGAACUCUAUCCCAAGAACCCUUAUCUCCAAGACUUUCUGAGUGCAGAGGGAGUGCUGAGUAGUGAUGGUGUUUGGAGGGUCAAAUCCAUUCCCAAUGGCAAAGGUUCCUCACCACUCACCACCGCUACAACUCCAAAACCACUUAUCCCUACAGAGGCCAGCAUCAGGGUCUGGUCAGACUUCCUCAGAGUCCAUCUCCAUCCCCGGAGCAUCUGUAUGAUUCAGAAGUACAACCACGAUGGGGAAGCAGGUCGGCUGGAGGCUUUUGGCCAAGGGGAAAGUGUCCUAAAGGAAUCCAAGUACCAGGAAGAGCUGGAGGACAGGCUGCACUUCUACGUGGAGGAAUGUGACUACCUGCAGGGCUUCCAGAUCCUGUGUGACCUGCACGAUGGCUUCUCUGGGGUAGGCGCGAAGGCGGCAGAGCUGCUACAAGAUGAAUAUUCGGGAUGGGGAAUAAUAACUUGGGGCCUGCUACCUGGUCCCUACCAUCGUGGAGAGACCCAGAGAAACAUCUAUCGUCUAUUAAACACAGCUUUUGGUCUCGUGCACCUGACUGCUCACAGUCUCGUCUGCCCCUUGUCCUUGGGUGGGAGCCUGGGCCUGCGACCUGAGCCACCUGUCAACUUCCCUUACCUGCAUUAUGAUGCCAUUCUGCCCUUCCACUGCAGUGCCAUCCUGGCUACAGCCCUGGACACAGUCACUGUUCCUUAUCGCCUGUGUUCCUCUCCAGUUUCCAUGGUUCAUCUGGCUGACAUGCUGAGCUUCUGUGGGAAAAAGGUGGUGACAGCAGGAGCAAUCAUCCCUUUCCCCUUGGCUCCAGGCCAGUCCCUUCCUGAUUCCCUGAUGCAGUUUGGAGGAGCCACCCCAUGGACCCCACUGUCUGCAUGUGGGGAGCCUUCUGGAACACGUUGCUUUGCCCAGUCAGUGGUGCUGAGGGGUACAGACAGAGCAUGCCACACAAGCCAGCUCACCCCAGGGACACCUCCACCCUCUGCCCUUCAUGCAUGUACCACUGGGGAAGAAAUCUUGGCUCAGUAUUUACAACAGCAGCAGCCUGGAGUCAUGAGUUCUUCCCAUCUGCUGCUGACUCCCUGCAGGGUGGCUCCUCCUUACCCCCACCUCUUCUCAAGCUGCAGUCCACCGGGUAUGGUUCUGGAUGGUUCCCCCAAGGGAGCAGCAGUGGAGAGCAUCCCAGUGUUUGGGGCACUGUGUUCCUCUUCGUCCCUGCACCAGACCCUGGAAGCCUUGGCCAGAGACCUCACCAAACUCGACUUGCGGCGCUGGGCCAGCUUCAUGGAUGCUGGAGUGGAGCACGAUGACGUAGCAGAGCUGCUGCAGGAGCUACAAAGCCUGGCCCAGUGCUACCAGGAUGGUGACAGCCUCGUGGACUAAAGUUCCCAGUGUGGGAGAAAGGAGCUAGUUUGCAAUAAAAACAGCUGGAUGCAGGAGCCCAGUGUCUUCAUGCAGAGGAGCUCAAUGUCGCGGGACUAGCUACACCAACAUAUGCACUUUUUACAUUUAGAAACACUGUGAUUAGACCACAGAACAAUAAAUAUGUGCCAUCAGACCAAAAAAAAGUAGAGAAAGGAGCUGAACUCCACUCUCGAUGCUAUUUACAGAGGACAUCUGUAAAGUCUUCAUAAAAGACCUUGAAUGAUGCCUAGGAUGGCAGAGCCCCUGGGUCCUACUCCAUCCUCCAGCCUUUGUCCUUGUCCUGGCCUCCUGCUCUCCAGAUCUGUAAACUGGGCUCAAGGACUGUACAGGCAGAGUACAACUACCCGCCUCCCCGGUGCCAGGGCGCCUGUUGGGUUUGGUCCUGUGUAGAUGAUUCCCAGAGUCUCAUUCAUCCAGCUCCUCUUCAGACAGAAGGUCCCCAUGGUCAGACAGCUGGUCUGCAUUGCUGGUACUGGUUGCAUCAUCCUCAUCCUCAGAGCUGGCUUCACAGGCAGUGUGGAAGAGCUGCAUGAGUUCUCGAAAACGGUGGGAAACCUAAGAAAGGAGGAGGGCUGUAUUCACUGGUCUUUUUUUUUUUGUUUUUGAGACGGAGUCUCUCUCUGUUGCUGAGACUGGAGUGCAGUGGCACUGUGUCGGCUUACUGCAACCUCCGUCUCCUGGGUUCAAGCAAUUCUCCUGCCUUAGCCUUCAGAGUAGCUGGGAUUACAGGCGCCCACCACCACGCCUGACUAGUUUUUAUAUUUUUAGUAGAGAUGGGGUUUCACCAUGUUGGCCAGGCUGGUCUCAAACUCCUGACCUCAGGUGAUCCACCCACCUCGGCCUCCCAAAGUGUUGGGAUUACAAGAAUGAACCACUGCGCCCAGCCUCACUGAUGCUUUGUAACAAUGUUAACAUUUAUGAAGCACUAUAUACUGAUUUGAAAAAUCUCUUGUUUAUUCCUCAUAGCAAGGUUGGGAGAGCUAUGUCAUUAUAGAUAAGGAAACUCAAGAGGCUAAAUGUUUUGCCCAAAGUCACACGCCUCCUAAAAACAAAACUAGAAUGGAAACUGGGGCUUCCACUUUAAAAUCCUGGCCGGGCGCAGUAUCUCACCUAUUCCCAGCACUUUGGGAGGCUGAGGCAGGUGGAUAACCUGAGGUCAGGAGUUCAAGACUAGCCUUGCCAACAUGGUGAAACCCCGUGUCUACUAAAAAUAAAUAAAUUAGCCUGGCGUGGUGGGUGCCUGUAAUCCCAGCUACUUUGGGAGAGGCUGAGGCAGGACAAUCACUUGAACCUGGGAGGUGGAGGUUGUAGUGAGCUGAGAUUGUGCCACUGCACUCCAGCCUAGGCGACGAGUGAAACUGCGUCUAAAAUAAAUAAAUGAAUAAAAAUUUAAAAAUCCUCAAAA